UCUUCUUUGGCCCCUCACCCCCACCCCCACCCCCACUUCCUUUCCCAAAAAAGACCAUAUUAACUUCUUCUUCACUAGCUAAGCUACUAGUACACUUUUUUGUCCAUCAAAUUCAUUCCCAACUAAAAUAAAAAUUCCUAUAUGGCUCCAGUGAGUCUGCCGCCCGGUUUUCGGUUCCACCCUACUGAUGAAGAGUUGGUUGCUUACUACCUUGAUAGGAAGAUCACUGGUCGUAAAAUUGACCUUGAAAUUAUCCCUGAAAUCGAUCUUUACAAAUGCGAGCCUUGGGAUUUACCAGAUAAGUCGUUUCUACCGGGGAAGGACUUGGAGUGGUACUUCUUCAGCCCAAGGGACAGGAAGUAUCCAAAUGGGUCAAGAACGAACCGAGCAACAAGGGCAGGCUACUGGAAGGCGACAGGGAAAGAUAGACCCGUACACUCACAGAAGACUGCAGUGGGGAUGAAGAAGACAUUGGUUUAUUAUAGAGGGAGAGCUCCUCAUGGGCAUAGGACUAAUUGGGUUAUGCAUGAAUACCGUCUUCUUGAAUCUCUUUCUGGUUCUACUCCCUCCCUUAAGGAAUCAUACGCUCUAUGCCGUGUUUUUAAGAAGACAAUUCAAAACAAUCCAAGGACGAAAGAAGUAGAUGUGUUCAUCCCAGAUAACGAAUGCAUAGACGAAAAUAUACAAAGGGAUAAUCAUACAAGCGGCAUUGAGAAUUCUCGAAGAAUUAGGGAAACAAACCAGAAUCAAGAACACUUGUUAAGACUUGAUAAUAACAAUAACAAUGAUGGGUUAUUUACUAAGUUUCCUUCAGAGGCAUCUUCAGAGCUUACUAAUCAAGAAGGGACACCUACAGGAAGUGCUCUAAGUACUGAUCAUGAUGUACAAGCCCCUUUGUUCGCUGCAGAUGAAGCUAAUAGUUCAGCACAUUUCUAUCCGUUUGCGUUUGAUUACUCAUCAAAUCUUUACCAGGAUAUGCAGAUGGCAAACAAUUACUUCAAUUUACCACCUUUGGCGAUUGAUGACUUUCCUCAAAUGAAUUUAUCAGAGACAACAAUGGCAUUGAAGCCAAUAGACCAUCAUCAUCAACAAGAGAUGAACAACUUGGGGUGUGACAAAUUCAAGGAAUAUAUGAAAGGUGCAAUGUUUGAAGACAUAUUUGAUCUUUGCGCAACACAAGGGACGACUUCCAUAAAUCUGCCUCUAGAAGAUUGAUCUGAUCUUACUACCUACGUCACGUACUACAAUAUGGUAUAAUACCUGUUAAAUUACUACUCUAACAUAAAAAUUGAAUUUUAGUGAUCAUAAAAACGACCCAAAAAAGAAAAGGUGGAUUAUUUUUGUCAUCCACACAGGUUGGUGGGGUUCAUAAUAUACUUGAUGCCCAGAGAAAAGAAAUCCAGGGCAUUUUUCUUUUUUUUUUCUUUUUUUUUUUUUGGUGCAUAAGAAAGCUCUUUGGCAAUGCUCCCAUAGAGCCCAUAAGACCAAGAGCUGAAUCACAAAUAUACUUAUCAUUUUCUCAAACGAGAGAGCUAGCUAGGGCCUAGAGGGGAGGCAAGGCAUAAUGGCAUAUACAAUACAUGGCUGUAACAAUUAACUUUUCUUCUUCGGUUAAACUGAGUUGUAUUAUUAUUUUUAUUUUAUUUGUGAAACUUUGGUAUUGUUUUUCAA